AUGGAGAACGGCGAGGAGACGUUCGCCUCCCCCACCGCCGCCGCCGCGGACUUCGAGUUCUCCACCAACGGCGGGGACGGCACGCCCAAGCUCCACGACGCGGCGGACGAGAUCGAGGCCCUCCGCGCGGCGAAGCGCGACCUGGAGGAGAAGCUCGAUGCCGUGGGCCACGAGAACCGGUUCCUGUCCUCCGAGUCCCGCCGCCUCGAGGUCCUCGUGUCCCAGGCCCGCGAGGAGGUCGCCGCCGCCGAGCAAGACGCCGCCACCAACGAGAGCGAGGCCGCCACGCUCCGCGCCGAGGUCGAGCGCCUCCAGGGCCUCCUCGAGGCGGAGAAGGCUAGCCAUGAGGGGGAGGUGCGCAGGGGCGCAGGGCUCGGUGACCAGCUGCAGACCGCGUACAGGGAGAAGGCCGCCCUCGAGGAGGAGAUCGAGACCCUGAAGGGUUCCGCCGCUGCCGAUGGCAAGAGCAGGGAAGAGGAGGAAUGUGUUUCGGUUGCUGCCAGGGCCGGGACGCCUAAGGAUGAGGGCGUGGUGCCUCCCGUACUGGUGGCUGCCGCGGCUGCUGGAGCAGCUGCCACGGCUGCCAUCGCAGUGGUCUUGCUCAACCUCAAGAGUCUAUGUGGUGGAGAUGUUGAUGGCUCAGAAUCAGGGUGCGUUGUCACUGGGGUUAAUAGCUUCUGGUUGGCUAUUUGA